CUUAAUGUUGGAAGAUUAAAGACUACAUUUUUAAUUUCAAGAAAAUGACGAGUAGUAAUUUUAAUUUGUGUUUCUUGUCACUUGUACUUUGUAUGACUAACAUACGUUCGGAAACUGAUUUAUAUACACAGUCGAGAAAACCACAUAAUAUAUUACGAACAUGUCAUCGAAGUGAUCCAAAUUUGAACGACUGUAUAAAAGGUGCCAUCGAAGACCUAAGGCCGCAAUUGGCAAGAGGAAUUCCGGAAUUGUUUAUACCCUCCUGUGAACCACUUUACAUACCUGAAAUUGUGAUGAACCAAGGUAACAAAGGAAGUGUGAGUGUACAAUCAAUUUAUCGAGAUAUUCGUGUGUUUGGGCCGAGUCAAUUCAUUUUAAAAAAUGUUAAAGUUGAUUUGGAAAAAGAGAGGAUUCGAAUUAAAGUAUGGUUACCUUUUCUGCAUAUGACAGCCAAUUAUACGAUCGAAGGCAGAAUUUUAAUGUUACCUAUUUCUGGAGCUGGUCUAAGCGAGGGAAAUUAUACAAAUAUUGAAGCUAAUGUUCUCGUUCAGUGUAAUACUAUUCAAAUUGGAGGUAGAAAACACUUCAAUGUUCAAGAUGUAGCCAUUGAUUUUCAAAUCGGUCAUGCAAGUAUUUACCUCAGUGACUUGUUUGAAGGCGACAAAGAACUAGGUGAAGCGAUGAAUACAUUUUUAAAUGAUAAUUGGAGACAUGUUGCUCAAGAAUUCAAACCUAUUCUUGAAGAAACAAUUGGCGAUCUAUUCAAAAAAUUCGCCAACAAAUUGUAUCACACAUACUCGUUAGACGAAUUACUACCAAUUUAA